GUUUAUUUAUAAACCACAGGCUAAUUACCUUGCUUCCCGUUUCACUGAACAAAGGUAUGUUGCCACCUAUCCUAGCAUCAGCAAGACUUCUCAUAAGGACAAGACGUUCUGACCAAAAAUGGCUGAGGAGGAAAGUAAGAGCUUCUCUGUUGAGCUGAGUGAGAAAGGAGGUUUAGAAAACGAAGGAUUUGUUCAAAAUGAGGUGCUUAAUGAAAAGGAAUGCAAUGCCAGCAGCCAAGAGGAGAUACCAGAAACAUGCGUUGUUGGCAUCAACUCAGCAGCUGUGCAGAACCAGGACUGUGAAAUUUUGAAGCCCUUUGCAGGAAUGCCUAAGGAAGUCUUGCUUAAAUUCUCAGGUCAGGCACGGUACAGAGUCACCAGAGAGAUCCUCUUCUGGCUCAUAAUUGCAUCUACACCAGUGCUUGUCGGUGCUACAAUUGCAAUUGUUGCCGUGUCGCCAAAGUGCCUGGACUGGUGGCAAGCUAGUCCCAUUUAUCAGAUCUACCCACGUUCAUUUAAGGACACCAACAAGGAUGGGAAUGGUGAUCUGAAAGGUAUCCAAGAAAAACUGGAUCAUAUAAUGUAUUUAAAUAUAAAAACGAUCUGGAUUACUUCUGUUUAUAAAUCACCCUUAAAAGACUUUGGGUAUGGAGUUGAAGACUUCCGGGAUGUUGAUCCUAUGUUUGGAACGAUGAGGGAUUUUGAAAACUUGAUUGCAGCUAUACAUGACAAAGGUUUAAAGGUGAUAAUGGAUUUAAUACCAAACCACACAAGUGACAAACACAGUUGGUUUCAGCUGAGUCGCAAUCAGACUGGGAAGUAUGCGGAUUACUACAUCUGGCAUGAUUGUGCACACACUGAUGGGACAAUCACUCCUCCCAACAACUGGGUGAGUGUUUAUGGGAAUUCCAGUUGGCAAUAUGAUGAAGUGAGAAAGCAGUGUUAUUUUCACCAGUUUGGGAAAGAACAACCAGAUUUAAAUUUCCGCAACUCCGCUGUGCAAGAAGAAAUCCAUGAUAUUAUCAAAUUUUGGCUUGGCAAAGGCAUCGAUGGGUUUAGUAUCAAUGCUGUUAAAUUUCUUCUUGAAGCAACACACCUGAGAAAUGAACCUCAAGUGGAUAAAUCCCAAAAUCCGGAGAGCAUCUCAGCAUAUUCUGAGCUGUAUCAUGACUUCACCACCACACAAGUCGGCAUGCAUGAUAUCGUCCGCAGUUUCCGGCACACCCUAGAUGAAUUCAGCGUUGAGCCUGGCCGAUACAGGUUUAUGGGGACUGAAGACAAUAACCAGGAAAACAUCGAAGCAACAAUGAUGUAUUAUGGAACAUCUUUUAUCCAAGAAUCAGAUUUCCCCUUCAACUUCUACCUAAUUAACAUGGAAAACUUCUCAGGAAAUAGUAUUUUUGAAACUGUAUCUUUGUGGAUGAAGAAUAUGCCUAAAGGAAAAUGGCCAAACUGGGCGGUUGGAGACCCUAGCACUGCUCGAAUUACAUCUCGGAUUGGAAAAGAAUACACUAAGGUCAUAAAUAUGCUCCUUUUAACUCUUCCUGGGACACCUACAACUUAUUAUGGUGAAGAAAUAGGAAUGGAAAAUAUUGCAACUGAAAAUGUGACCUUUCCAGAGAAGUCACCCAUGCAGUGGAAUGGCCAACUUCAUGCUGGCUUCAGUGAGGGUAACAUAAGCUGGUUACCUGUUAAUCUGGACUACCAAAAUGUAAAUGUCGAACUUCAAAAGACUCAACCUAACUCAACACUGAAUCUAUAUCGAGAGCUAAAUUUACUUCGCAACAAUGAGCUGCCCAUUCAUAGGGGAUGGAUGUGCUAUAUUUGGAAUGACAGCAAUGUUUUUGUGUAUCUGAGGGAAUUAGAUGGAUUAGACACAGUCUUUAUAAUGGUUCUUAAUUUUGGACAGGAAUCAAUCAUAGACCUGAAAGCUGUAGUUUCUGAGCUUCCGUCUGAAGCUACCAUAAGGCUAAGCACUAUUUUUAGCAACACCGGUAAAGUUGUAAAUACCAAAACAAUUAAAACUGAAAAAGGGGAAGGAAUUGUCCUUGAGUAUAAAACAAGGAAGACAGUUCAUACUACGGAAGCUUUCCAAGGGAAGUGUUUUGUGGCUGAAAAAGCAUGUUAUUCUAGUGCCUUGAAUAUACUCUACAUGCAUUGCUAAGUGCGAGGGCAUGUAGGAAAUUUUGUUUUAUGCAUUUAAGGCAGAAAGUGUUGAUUUCAGGUAAAUACUGUGGCAAUGGCUUUUUAAACUUUCUGGUUUGUGUAUUAAAUGAACAGCAGUCCAUAAACAAACUAAAGUGGCUUAAUUGUCUGGCCUCUUUUAUUGGUGUGUGAGCAAUGGUGGUGAGUGGAGGGCAGAAGGUGCUUACGUUAAGGGUAACCAAUUAACCAACAACCAGGGAGGCUAGAAGCUUCCAGAGGGAUUUGAACAGGCACCAGGAAGGGUAAGGAUCCUCCCUUAUAAAGCCUCCCUGGGGCUGGUCCAUUCAGAUAAGUAUUUGUGCAAGGGUAGAACACUAACCAUAUGCCUAUAAGGCUCCUAGAGGCAUUGUGCCUAAGGUAUAAAGCUCUUAGGAUUUCCUGCUUGUGUGUUGUACCUGUGCACUGUAUCUGACUGCCACAACUUAGCCGCAAAUCCUUUGGCAGUUUACGCUCCAUAGUACUUGUUUUGCAAGUUUCCUAUUUGUGUAAUGGGCACUGAAUUGUCUGAAAUAGUUAGAAGCAAAUAAGUCAUCAGGUCAAUUUUAAAACAACUCAUUUAGAGGAAAGAGAAAAUUGAGAGAUGAUCAAGGUAAAUAUGUAACAAACAAGUGUUUAGUAUCAGCUGGAAGAGAAAUUUACUUACCAAACAUGUCAUAAUUAAAGCUACGAUUUAGUCACAGAGGUCAUGGCAGUCAUGGAUUCCGUGAUUUUACUAGAUCUCCGGGACUUCUAGGGCUUCAGGAUGGGGAGGCAGGACUGUGCACUCCUGCCCUGUAACUGGGGCUGGCUGGAACCAGGACUCCAGGCUUGGCAGGGGUUGGGGGGGUCAUGCACCCAAGCCCCAUGGCUUUUGCCAGGGGCUGCAUCCCCCCUCCCCAGCUGCUGCCAGGGUUUGGCAGGGGAUGCAGCUGGGGCCAUGCUUCACUGUCCCACAGCUGCAGCCAGCUCUGGAACGGGAGCUGUAACCCUUGCCAUGGCAGGGGGCUUGGCCUGUCAGUCAUUCCCCCUCAUCAAACCCCCUCCUCCAAUUAUUUGUAGUAAAAGCCAUGGACAGGUCACGAGCUCUGUGAAUUUUUGUUUAUUGCCCCUGAUCUGUUGGUGACUUUUAUUAAAAAUAACCAAUGUAAAAUCUUAGCCUUAGUCACAAAUUCAAUCUUCAUAGAAGAAUUAUAAGGGAUCCACCCUCCUCUGUAGAUUUGGGAUGGAUGUUUGUAUUCAUUCACAUUUUUUGUUUGCACAAGGAACUGGUGGCUGGAGAUGCUGCUCCUCUAAUGCAGCAGGGAAGGAAUUUACCACCUGGUAUGUAUAUAUAAGCCAGUAGCUCACACAACUCUGUCCUUAUGAGCUCCUGGUCUGGUUAUGCACCGGAAUCAGGGACCCAUAAAUAGGGAUCUAUUACAGCUGGUUCCUUUGGAGAAUGAGUGCUCAUUUUUUAAAUUUACAGGUAUGUGAUAUGGCUUUUUCAGAAGUCUAAUGUGUACAUACACAGUUUUUAAAUCUUUCAACAAAUUCUGAAAUAACUGUGCAUGUUAAAUAAACCACUUCUUCAAGUUA